AUGUCGGCAAAAAAGUGUUGUGAAUUAGUUUCUGCAAUCCAAAGCAACGACUUGAAAAAGUUCAAAGUUUUAUUAAAAUCGCGGAAAAUUUCAAGGCUGCCAAAUCCCACAGAAAAUUAUCGACUUAUCAAGACAGCUAUAAACCAAAAACGAAGAGCAAUUGUCGACGAAUUAAUCAAGAAAAGAGUUGAAGUUAAAAGUUACAUCCAACGGCCAACAAGUAAACUUCUACACACCACUGUGAGAUUCGGACAGUUAAAACUAGUGAAGAAACUAAUUUCCAGAAGAACUCCUCUUCAUAUCGCCGCAAAAUAUGGAAAUUUUAAAAUAAUGGAAGUUCUUCUGAAAAACGGCGCAAAUGUUCGAUCAGUUGUUUUGGAAAAAAUCGAAUUUGGAUUUACACCGCUUCACUUUGAAUGCAGAGGAAAGCAUAUGAAAUGUAUAAAAUUGCUUCUGAAAUUCAGCAAUAAUGUAGGAGUAGUUAUUCCGGGUACCAUUGAGCCGAUCCAUAUUGCAGUAAUAUUGCUCCAUUCAAAAAUGGUAUCGCUGCUUUUGAAUAAUGGUGCGAAUGUUAAUGCAAGAUUCCGCGACGAGUUUUAUCCGAUGCUGGGCUUUAAUUUGAACUACCGAAUUGAAGAAGAGAAUUUUACACUUCUUCUCUGCGCAAUCAGCCAAAGGUCCAUCAAGAUUUCUCAACUGCUGCUGGAACAUGGAGCUGAUAUUUCGAAGAAAUCAUAUUUAAUGUCAAUUACUCCGUUGAUAGAAGCUGUUGAAACGAACGAUCCAAAAAUGAUCAGGUUUAUUUUGGACAACGGUGGAAUUUCGCAGGUCAACGAGUACUCCGCUAAAGGUUCUUCGCCUCUGCACCACGUAAUUACUAAUGCAGAUACCUUGGCAUCUCCUUACGGCGACGUUCAGAUUCAUUUCGUCGCUGAGAAAUUGGAGAUAUUCGACAUCCUUGUAGCAGCAGGGGCUGACUUGAACGCGAAAGUCAAGGAUUGUUAUGACUGGACCAUUCUUGAAUUAGCGAUUCAUUUUGGAUUCAGACAAAUCGUUGACUACAUCUUGUAUAAGACUGACUUUGAUUCAAGCCACUUGGAUUAUAGCACCGUCAAAAUUGCUCAAUUUCACGAUUUCAUGCUGACUGAAGACAUUACAAGUCUGGAAUACAUUGAUGAAUGGAGGCAUGAAUUCAAAGUGAUAACUUAUAAUCUUAUUUUUGAGAUUCUUCGACGAGAAGCUAUCAGUUUAUUCAAGAAUGAAGAAACUAUCAAGAGACUUGACCAACAGCCUGGCCACAUCAAUGUUACUGAAGAAGAACAUCAGAAAAUUAUGAAAGAAAUGAAAAAUCAAAUUCAUCAGGUCGUUUGUGAAAUGAAGAGUGAGAAAAUUGGUGAUAGCAAAAUUACUUUUUAG